CCACUGAUAAGUAGAAAACACGUGUGAGUGCGCAUUCUUUUUUGUGGGACAAGCGGCUAGUAAUUAUUUGCGGACGGAAAAUAUUGACGAAUAGUUGAAUUAAUCAUGACAGACCUGCUAAAGAUAGCCGAUGCAAUCGUCCUGGAGUACUUGCAGUCCAAGGACAAGAACCUAGCCAAGGUUUUCCAGCAGAAGACGAAGGCGGCCAGUGUCGCCAAAAGCAGCCCAAAGUUGAGUGAAAUCCUUCAGUUCUACCAGACCAAAAGCCCCAAAAAGAUCCCAGCAAUCAAGGCGACAGCCGGAGACUCCAGCGAAGACAGCGACUCAGACUCUGAGUCUGAUGCGGCGCCUAAGAAGCCAGCGACAGCUCCUGCACUAACAAACGGCAAGGCUGUCAAAAAGGCAGCUUCUUCAACCAGCGAGGACAGCGAUUCAGAGGAGGAGAAGAAGCCAGCAGCAAAGGCCACGCCGGCCAAGGCUGUCGGCAAGAAGGCAAAAUCCUCCAGCGAGGACAGUUCCUCGGAGGAAGAAGCACCCAAAAAAGCUGCUCCAGUGAAGGCACCUCCGGCCAAGGCGGCUCCCGCGAAGAAGGUUGAGUCCAGCAGCGAGGAUAGCAGUUCCGAGGAAGAACCGGCAAAGCCCGCCGUCAAGGCCACAACGACUAAGGUUGCUCCCGCCAAGAAGGCCGACUCCAGCAGCGAAGAAAGCAGCUCCGAUGAGGAGACUAAGCCAGCUGCCAAGCCUGUAGCCAAGGCUGCACCGGCAAAGAAAGCAGCAUCCUCCAGCGAGGAAAGCGACUCCGAUGACGAGCCAGCCGCCAAGAAGCCUGCCGUCCAGCCUGCCGCAAAGCCAGCUCCUAAGGCAGCCGCUUCUAGUUCCGAAGACAGCAGCUCAGAGGAGGAGGUCAAACCCGCUGCUAAAUCUGCUGCCAAGUUGGCUCCUGCUAAGAAGGGGGCUUCCUCUAGUGAUGAUAGUUCCUCUGAAGACGAGGCACCCAAAAAGGCAGCAACUCUCGCAAAGCCCAUUUCUAAGGCUGCUCCCACCAAAAAGGCCGACAGUUCCACUGAGGAUAGUUCUUCGGAAGACGAUGCUCCUAAGAAGGUAGCUCCAGCAAAGGCUACGCCAGCUAAGGCAAUUCCUGCCAAGAAGGCAGCUUCCAGCGAUGACAGCUCCUCGGAGGAAGAGGCGCCCAAGAAGGCAGCUCCAGCAAAUGCCACGCCAGCUAGGGCACCUCCUGCCAAGAAGGCAGCUUCCAGCGAUGACAGCUCCUCGGAAGAAGAGGCGCCCAAGAAGGCAGCUCCAGCAAAGGCCACGCCAGCUAAGGCAACUCCUGCCAAGAAGGCAGCUUCCAGCGAUGACAGCUCCUCGGAAGAAGAGGCGCCCAAGAAGGCUGCCGCCCCAGCAAAGGCGACACCGGCCAAAAAGGCCAAGUCUUCAAGCGAAGACAGCGACUCCGAUGAGGAGGAAGCUCCCAAGAAACCAGCCGCGAAGGCCGUUGCAAAGGCUGCUUCUUCGGAAGAUAGCGAUAGCUCAGAAGACGAAAAGCCAGCAAAGGCUGCUCCCAAGGCUCUGGCCAAGUCUGCAAAGGCUGCCUCCUCAGACAGUGACGAUUCCAGCGAUGAAGAAACGCCGGCAGUGAAGCCAGCUGUCAAGAAGACUGCUGCUCCUGCGAAGAAGGCUGACAGCAGCAGCGACGAGAGUGACUCUGGUGAAGAGUCCGGCGAGGUCAAGCCCAACUCAGCUACCAAUGGCAAUGAGAAGACCGCUCAGAAGCGCAAGUUUAGUGGUGGCGACCAGGACGAGGCCACUCCCAACAAGAAGUACAACAACUUCGUCAAAUCGGGAGAGCAACAGAAGAAUGACUUCACCUCCACACCUAACAACACCUUCAGCCGAAACCAUAAUAUGAACAAUAGCGGAGGGGGAAGUGGGCGACGGUCGCCCUUCCGAAGGGUACGCACCGAGGACGUGGUGGUGGACUCCCGAGUCCAGGACAUGUCCUUCGAGGCGAAGGAAAACGACUUUAAGAAGCACAACAACGGACGGGGCGGCCGAGGAGGCUCAGGCUUCUCCGGACGACCGGAUCGCAGCACUUGGGAGACCAACAAGUUCAACGGCGAGGGCGGCGGUGAUGGAGGCGGCUUCAAGAAGAUUGGCGAUCGCAAGAGCUUUGGAGGCUUUGAUAACAACCAGCGCGGAGGACGUGGUGGUGGCGGUCGUGGAGGCGGCGGAGGCUUCGGUGGUCGUGGCGGUGGCGGCCGUGGCGGCGGUGGUGGCUUCGGAGGACGUGGUGGCGGCGGACGCGGAGGCGGCGGCUUUGGAGGACGCGGGGGCCGCGGUGGAGGCGGACGUGGAGGCGGAUUCGGCAACAAAUCCUUCGACUCGUCGGCGCCAAAGCAAAACAAGAAGAUCACCUUCGACAAUUAGAAAUAGUUAGUUAGCGCCACCCACCCGCAAGCACACACACACACACUAGAUGCAGUUAUAUUAUCGGAUUAACCCAAUUUUAUUAUUUGCUCACCACGAUAGAAAAACGCUGCCGGAUCCUGGGGCGAGCGAGCCAACAAAGAUCUGAAGCACACGCGCGGCAAGUCCUUCAAACACGAGAAGACCAAGAAGAAGCGCGGCAGCUACCGAGGUGGCCAAAUUGACGUAGGAGUCAAUUCAAUAAAAUUUGACUAGAUUUAUUACACCUAUAAAAUAAUCCUUAUUCUAACGGAUAUAACUAACUAGUUUAAGUAAAAUAUUUGCCUUACGCAAUAGUUCCGCCAACAUGUAAAUUCUUUCCAAACUCUUGAUUGACUUCGGGAAGUCCGUACUUCCGUUUUAAUGUGAAUUAUUCGAAUGCAAAUUGGCGGUCGACAAACCCGUGACCAAGCAAAUGGUUAUUAUGACUUUAGCGGAUUAAACCCUUUUUUUUUCCUGAUCGGACGGAAUGAAACCCGAAUGCGUUUCGUGGAUUUUUUAUAAGCCUUUAAGAGUUAAACCCCUAUACAUUUCUAUUGUAUAUUAUAUAUAUUUAUAAGGUUCAUAAAGAGUAAGCCAAGGUAUUUUUCAGACGCUUGGGUUAAAUGAAGGGUUGAAUUUUCCGCUAACUUGUGGUGAUAGCCGGUUUAUGAAUGCUUAUGACAACUUCAAUAUGUAAAAGAUUAAUUUGUUUUGUCACAUUGGACAAUGUAUUUAAUUGAACUAAGAAAACACGGAAAGAAAUACAUGUAUUUUUUAAUAACAG